AUGUUCUCCAAGGCUCUUUCUACCGCCGCGGUGGUCCUCGCUGCCGCUGGCCUGGUCUCUGCCCAGACUUAUACCGACUGCAACCCCCUCAAGAAGACCUGCCCUGCCAACCCUGCCUUUGGCGACAACAAGGUCGACUGCGACUUCACAAAGGGUGAAUGCGAUGCCUUCCACGGGAUGAUUGGAACCAGCCUCAAGUACGACGGCAAGGGUGCUUGGUUCGUUAUCAACAAGGAGAGCGAUGCUCCUACCAUCCGAACAGACAACUACAUCUUCUUUGGCCGAGUCGACGUCGUUGUCCAGGCCGCUCAGGGCCAGGGAAUCGUCACCAGCGCCGUCCUUCAGUCCGACGACCUCGACGAGAUCGAUUGGGAGUGGGUUGGUGGUGAUAACGCUCAGGUCCAGUCCAACUACUUCAGCAAGGGUGAUACCACCACAUACGACCGCGCCGUCUACCACCCCGUUGCUGCUCCUCUCACCUCGACUCACAAGUACUCUGUUGAGUGGACCUCGACCAAGAUUGACUGGCUCAUUGACGAUGCCGUUGUCCGUACUCUGAACGCUGCCGAUGCCAAGGGCGGAUCUGCCUUCCCCCAGACCCCCAUGCAGAUUAAGCUCGGAACCUGGGUUGCUGGAGGCAAGAACAGCAACGCCGGAACCCGAGAGUGGGCUGGUGGUUACACCAACUUUGACGAUGCCCCCUUCAACGCCUACUACAAGAGCAUCACCAUUAUCGACUACGCUGGAAAGGACGCCCCUGGCCAGAACGCUGGUGCCAAGGAGUACGUCUAUGGUGACAACUCUGGUGACUGGACCAGCAUCAAGGUGAAGAAGACCAGCUCCACCGACGACGACGAGAAGACCACCACCAAGGUCACCAAGACUAGCACCACUGCCGAGCCCACCAAGACCAAGACCGCCGAGACCACUUCCACCGAGGAAGAGACCAAGACCACCUCCAGCGAGACCAAGAAGGAGACCAAGACUUCCACCAAGGAGGAGACCUCGACCAAGGAGGAGGAGACAACCACUGAGCAGGAGACCAAGACCUCUGAGGUCGCCACCACCUUCACCACUGCUGCUGCUACCUCCAAGGACGCCGGUGCCACUACCACCGAGGCCGGCGCUGGCUCUGGCGGUGCCCAGGAGACUGGCUCUGCUACCGGGGCUGGAGACGACGCUGCUCCCUCAGUCAGCACCGUUCCCGUCAACUCUGGUGCCCGAUUGGCCGGCAGCGUUCUCGCUGCUGCUGGUCUCAUGAUGGCCCAGAUGCUCAUCUAA